UGCUCAAACACGCUUCACCCUCAGCUCAACAGUGGCGUCUCGCGCUCUUACCUCCAAUUAAUAUCGCGCCCGUGAGGUCGCCGCGUCUCCUGCCUUGCGUUGGUAUGUGUCCCGCUUUAUUUGGGUGCCACGAGCGUGGGUAUCCGAUGCCCCGUGCGCGUGGAGCGUUUCCUCUGUAGGCGAACAAAGCGCAUCCAGCCUCCAGAGAACCGCCUGCUGCCAAAACCCGGGGAUUUAGUAAGUGUUGUGGACGGCGCUGCCUUUUCUGCUCUCCUCGUGUUUAACUCGGGUGAAGAAAAUCGCUGUUAAAAUGGAUAUGGUUUUUCUUAGCGCGACGGACAGGCGCUUCAUUUAGGGAACAGUCGACCCCGCUGUUGGACAAAAAUAAUGGCAAGAUUUUGGAUAGCGUUGGACGCGUUGCUGGUUUCCUGGGAGUAGAUCGGCGCCGAGCCGAUGUUCAGAGGCAACACAACAGACUCGCACUGCAUCCCAUGCACAAACAUUUCGUCUCUGAAGUUGUGAUUUGCUGUAUGUCAAAAAGCAUCCGCUGCCUCACAACAUAGUGUGACACACCGACAACCAGUAUGGAGCACACCGGCAUCGAGGAGGUGAACCAGACGCACCAGCAGCAGCACGAACCCAUCAGCUUCGGCAUUGACCAGAUCCUGAACAGCUCGGACCAGUCCAGUGGCUGCAUGCUGCCCAACCGGACCGGCGACCCGGAUUACGCACUGGCGCCCAACGUCUACAGCAACGGGUACAACAGCGUGUACAACCCGGCCUGCUCCAUGGCGGCGGCGGCGGGUUUGGCCGGCUCCUACAACGUCAACAUGAACAUGAACGUCAGUAUGAACAUGAACAUGAACGUCAACGUGAACUCAGGCGGCGCCGGUGGUGUGAUUCGGGUACCGGCGCACAGACCCAUGCCUCCUCCGCCGCCGCCGCCCGCCGCUGCUGCGCCUCAUCCGCCCCCCUCCACGCAUCCGCCCGGCAUCGGGCCCGGCAUCGCGUCGGUGCCCGGGAUGGGCAUGGGGAAUGCGGCAAACUUCACCUUCCCGUGGAUGGAGAGCAGCAGGAGGUUCGCUAAGGACAGGCUAACAGGGGAGCAGGCAGAGGAGAGCCGAGCAGGAGAGGCCGCAGGGGGCCCGGGGGCCGCCGGGUCCCUCUGUCCUCUCCCCAAGGGAGACAUCGGCAGGGUCCCUGUCUGGAGCACUGUGGAGACAUUAGCCAAAUGCUAUUACCCCGAGCUCGCUCACCUGCGAGACGGCAACGGGCUCCUAGCAGAGUAUCCGUUCCCAAAGGGGGCGUGUCCAGCCGCACUCUCUCCCUUCUCGGUGACCCGUCGCAUCGGACACCCGUACCAGAACCGGACGCCGCCCAAGCGGAAAAAGCCCCGCACCUCCUUCAGCCGCGUGCAGAUCUGCGAGCUGGAGAAGCGCUUCCACCGACAGAAGUACCUGGCGUCGGCCGAGCGCGCGACCUUGGCGAAGGCGCUGAAGAUGACGGACGCACAGGUCAAGACCUGGUUUCAGAACCGGCGGACGAAAUGGCGGAGACAGACGGCCGAGGAGAGGGAGGCGGAGAGGCAGCAGGCCAACCGGCUGAUGCUGCAGCUCCAGCAGGAAGCCUUCCAGAAGACGCUGAGCCAACCUCUGCAGCCGGACCCGCUCUGUCUACACAACUCGUCCCUGUACGCCCUGCAGAACCUGCAGCCCUGGGCAGAAGACAAUAAGCUGACUGUCUAAAAGAGAGGAGGGCACUUUGUCCAUACGCGCCAGGAAACAAAGGGACACCUCUGUACAUGCCCACCAACAAGACUGUUCCCUCUCUUGCCUCUGGAGCCCCAUGAGGCGGCAGAGACUUUCUGCCACAAAUGCAAAAAAAAAAAGACCUCCAGUGUUUUCGCUUUUGACUUUGUACAAUGUAGUAAAUGCAUGUUUCCACCCUUUUCUGUGUGCACUCGGACGCACCGUUGCGGUCAGCUGCUGUCGAAGUGGAAGUCCUCCCCGACCGCAGGGUUCAAGUGGUAGCGGCCUGGUGAAACGCCCAUGACGGAUUCCUCAUUAUGUUCAAUUUAAAGGUGUUUUAUAAUAAAUGAUAUUGUGACUUUUUGAAAAGAUGACAAA